CACAGAGAGACGGACAGAUACACAGAGAGACAGACAGAUACACAAAGAGAAAUAGACAGAUAAAAAGAGAGAGAAACAGAGACACGGACGGACAGACGGCUGCUGGAGAGAUGAAGCUGUGACAGGAUGAACGAACAUCUGCUAACGACCCCCGUCAUCAUGGGCAACAACUCCUCUCUGACCCUGGAGUCCAUGGCGUGUUUCCAUGACGACGACGCAUUCAAAUACCGCGCCUACACCUUCACCUACCUGCUGCUGUUUCCUGUGGCGUUCCUGUGCAACGUCGGAGCGCUCGCCGUCUUCUUCCUGCAGAGAAACCGCAGACACUCGGCGUCCUGCGUCGUCAUGGUGAACCUCGCCAUAUCGGACGGCAGCUUCUCCCUCACCCUGCCACUGCGAUUGGCUUAUUACUUCAGGGGCGGAGUCUGGGACUUCCCUGAUUGGCUGUGCCGACUGUGCGUCUUCGGCUUCUACAUCAACCUGUACACAAGAUCCUCUUCUCCUUAUGGCGUGCUCCUUGCUUGGCUCUCCCGUGCUUCCUCGUCCACUCCUGUGGGGUUUCCUCGCUGCUUCGAGCCGUCCAGCCCGUCGUCAUGGGGACGUGUCCUGAUCCUGAACUACGUGGCGUUGGCGCUCGGCUUCCUCCUCCCGUUCCUCACCAUCAUCGUCUGCUACAGCCGACUCGUCCGGCCUCCCCACGCCGACUCCCGCCUUCCACGGCACCGGUGUCGCGGCCGGUUCUUGGCGCCGGUGGGGGCUCUGUCCAAGCGCCGCCGCCCGCUGCCGCGCCCGCCCGCUCCGGUGCACCUGGUCUCCAUGGUGACCGCGACCUUCCUGCUGUGCUUCCUGCCUUACCACGUGAUCCGGUGCGGCUGCCUGCACCGUGUGCGCGGCUGGAGCUCGUGCCCCCGCGUCGGCAGCCCCGUGAUGGUAGUCCGCCGCUGUGUUCGCCCGUCCAACAGUGUGGUCAACCCGCUGCUGUACUACUACUCCACCCGCACGUUCAGGGACAACAUGAGGGACGCCCGGUCCUCGCUGAUGUCCAGCCAGCGGGGGAGCAAAGUCGCCAUGAAGAGACGGAACACCACCUGACCCAAUAGCUCGUUCCUGAUUGGUU